AUUUCCACUUGUGUCUAGAGAGAGAGAGAGAGAGAGAGAGAGAGAUUUCCUUCUUCCUUUCAUCUUCUUCUUCCUUCUUCUUCUACUCCAUCAUCACAAGUGCAGUGUGGUCCACUGGUUUGGAGAGCUUACGUCACCCUCUUCCUCUACCACUCUCUCAGCUCCCUCCACCUACAAUAGAUAAGGGAGAGACCUCUUGAUUUAGAAGGUAUCAAACUCUUCAUUGUAGAAAUCUAUCCACGUGAUCGUGAUCACUUCAAGGAACAAGGAAUGGCAGAAGCAGUUGUAUCCGGCUUUCUUCAACUAGUUAUUGAAAAACUAGCAUCGCCAAUCCUAGAAAAGUGUGAACUGUUAUGGGGUUUUCACAAGGAGCUGGAAAAUCUAAGAAGCAGGCUAUCAACAAUACAAGCAGUGCUUGAAGAUGCGGAGGAGCAGCCAGUAAAGAGCAAGGCGUUACAGAAUUGGCUGGGAAAGCUUAAAGAUGUGGUUUAUGAUGCAGAAGACAUAUUGGAUGAGUUCACAAUCGAAGCGGAAGCAGAAGUGGAAGCUAAAUGCAGAAAAGUGGAGAUUGGUGAUUGCAUUACGAAGGCAUUCAACUUCUUUUCGUCAUGUAACCCACUGGUAUCCCGUUCAAAUAUGGUGGAUAAGAUAAAGGAGAUAGAACAGAGAUUAGAUGCAAUUGCUGAGGAGAGGUCUAAAUUCCAUUUGAUAGGGGGAGAACGGGUGUCGGAUAUUAGAGGUCGAGAACCAACUGACUCGUUUGUAAUUGAAUCAGAUGUUUAUGGAAGGGAAGAAGAUAAGAGAAGGGUAAUGGAAUUACUGAUUAAUGAGGAUUACAUAGAGGAUGUUACAGUCAUCCCCAUAGUCGGUAUGGGGGGCCUUGGGAAGACCACACUCGCUCAAUUAGCUUACAAUGAAAUGAGCAUAGCAAUGCAUUUUGUACUAAGAAUGUGGGUUUGUGUGUCGGAUGAUUUCAAUGUCAGUAAGGUGACAAAAGAUAUCAUAGAGUCAGCAACCCAUAGCAAAUGUGAUCUCCAAAGCGUGGAUCAGCUGCAGCAUCGCCUAAGAGAAUUGCUGAGGGGGAAGAAGUUUUUACUUGUGUUGGAUGAUGUGUGGGAUGAAAAUUCCAUGAACUGGGAUCGAUUGAAACAAUUCCUCAGAGGAGGUGCAAGGGGUAGUAAAAUCAUCGUAACUACCCGUAUUGAAAAAGUUGCUAUAAUCAUGGGCACUCUCCCUCCGUACCAUUUGCCAAGAUUAUCAGAUGAUGAUUGUUGGUCUCUGUUCAAGCAGCGGGCAUUUGGGCAUGGAAGACAAGAACAUCCAAACCUUAUAAUGCUUGGAAAGGAAAUUGUGAAGAAGUGUGGGGGCGUCCCUUUGGCGGCGAAGGCACUCGGAAGCUUGAUGCACUUCAAAACAGAGGAAAGAGAGUGGUUGUUUGUCAAAGAAAGUGACAUUUGGAAUCUACCCGAAGAAGAGAAUCACAUUUUAACUGCUUUGAGGUUGAGUUAUUAUCAUCUUCCACCACAUUUGAAGCAAUGCUUUGCAUACUGCUCAAUAUUUCCGAAAGAUCAUAUAAUUGUGAAGAAGAAGCUAAUCCAACUAUGGAUGGCAGAAGGUUUUAUUAAAUCAUCAAACGGAAGAAAACAAAUGGAAGACAUCGGUGGAGAGUGUUUCAAUAAUCUAUUAUGGCGGUCCUUCUUUCAGGAUGUUGAGAAAAAUGAAGAUGGGAAUAUAAUAAGGUGCAAGAUGCAUGACCUCGUGCAUGAUCUUGCAUGCUCUGUUGCUGGAAAUGAAUGCUCGAUUGUGCAGGUCAAGAAUGCAAUGAGUAUCCCUAACAUAUCUCGUCGUUUGUUGUUGGAGUGUGGGUAUAACAUAAGUGUCCUAACAGACCCAGAGCCCUCAAGGAGAGCAAACCAUUUGCGAACGCUGCUUGUGCUUGGAAGUCAGUAUUUCAGCAUUUCUCAUAAUGUUUUGGUACAUUUUAUGUUCUUACGUGUGCUAGAUUUAAACCGUGUGAAUGUCACCAUGGAGUUGUUGGUUUCAAUCAGCAGGUUGAAGCACUUAAGAUACCUCGACAUGUCUAUUACUCAAAUACGAGCCCUUCCUGAAUCCAUUUGCACCCUUUACCAUUUGCAAACCUUAAGAAUCUUCAGGUGUUGUAAUCUUGCAGAGUUACCUAGGGACAUGAGCAAAAUGACUAGCCUAAGACAUCUUGAAAUGAGUGGAUAUAAUAAAUUGACACAUAUGCCAGCUAAUAUAGGACAAUUAAAGUUCCUUCAGACCUUGCCAAUAUUCAUAGUUGGUAAGGAUAGUGGAAGUGGUAUAAGAGAGCUGAAAGGUCUAAACCUUGGAGGAGAAUUGACUAUUCGAAACCUCGAGAAUGUGAUGUGUGCAGCAGAUGCCCAGGAAGCAAACUUGAAGGAUAAGCCAAACCUUCAUAAGUUACGCUUUUCAUGGGGUCAGGAUAUUGAUCUUCAGUUGGAAGGAAAUGUUGAGCAAACCCUUGAAGGUCUCCGACCACAUCCAAAUCUCAAAAGGUUGACUGUGGAAGAGUACAUGGGUGUCAGAUUUCCGCAUUGGAUGUGUUCUUCAUCACUUCCAAAUCUGAUUGAAGUUUCAGUGAUUAAUUGCAGAAGAUGCGAACGACUCCCCCUGGUCAGCCGCUCACCAUUCAUUAAAGUUCUUGUGAUACAAGGAAUGUAUGCUUUGAAAUCUAUUGACAACCAUUUCUCUGGCGGUGAUGAUGUUACAGAGGGAUUUCAGUCACUGAAAGAACUCAGCUUGAUAGAUAUGCCUAAUUUACAGGAGUGGUCAGGACUCGAUGGAAGAGAAGUACUCCCUCACAUUGUCAAAUUAACUGUAUUGGGAUGUCCAAAGUUAACAAUGCUUCCAUACCUUCCAUCUCUAAAAAAAUUAGAAUUGAAGGAUGGUAAUGAGAUGUUGUUAGGUUUAGUGGCAAACCUAUCCUCACUUUCCUCCCUCAAGGUUGAAGGUUUCAAGGAGCUAAGGUCGCUGCCAGAUGGGGAGCUUGGAAACCUUGCUGCUCUAGAGACUCUGUAUAUUUCAGGCUGCAGUAUGUUGGUAUCUUUGCCAGAGGAGUUACAAAACCUCACCUCUCUCCGUCAGCUGUCGAUUAUUGAGUGCAAUGGUCUAACGUCCUUGAGACUACAAGGCUUGAGCUCUCUUCAACAUCUAUCAAUCGAGGGGUGUCAAAGCUUAACGAGUUUGAUGGGGGGACUGCAACACCUCACUGCCUUACAAUACUUGCUCAUUACUGAAUGUCCGGAGCUGGCAUAUUUACCAGAGGGUAUGCAACACCUCACUGCCUUACGAUACUUGUACAUUAAUAAUUGUCCGGAGCUGGCAUAUUUACCAGAGGUUAUGCAACACCUUACUUCCCUUCAACACCUCACCAUCAAGAGCUGUCAGAAGUUGACAUGUUUGCCGGAAGGGGUACGACAUGUCACAACACUGGAUUAUCUAUCAAUCGGUGGAAUGACUCCGCCGGAGUGGAUAGGAAACCUGUCCUCGCUUCGAAGUUUGCAGACUGACGGUUGUGAUAAAUUGACAUGUUUGCCAUCAGGGUUGCAAUUCCUUACAAACCUCCAAAUUCUAAAAAUCUGGAAUUGGCAAAGUCUAACGGCUCUGCCGGAGUGGAUAGGAAACCUCUCCUCACUUCGAUUUUUGGAAAUUGAAUAUUGUCCUCGAUUGGAGUGUUUGCCAUCAGGGUUGCAACUGCUAACAAAUCUCCAACGUCUAACAGUCAUAAGCUGUCGCCAAUUAGAGAAGCGAUGCGAGAAGGAGAAAGGCGAGGAUUGGCACUACAUAUCACACAUCCCAGAUAUCCAGAUUUACAAGACUGUCCCCAUUUAAGAUUGAGUGCGAUGGAGCCACACAUGGGCAUCAAACACCGGAGACAAUUCAGGAGCUCAUGACAAUAAUUAUCUAAGGUUAAUGCUACCUUGAAUGCUUGCAUGGUUGAAGUUACACUGCAAAUGAUCAAUUCA